UCUGUGUUCAUGUUGUCAAACAGACAAACACGCGUGUCGUAUCGUGGUUGAGUUGAGUGGUGAUAAAUAUUACUUUUAGGUUAUUUCCAUAUUAAAGAAUAUAUUUUUAGUAAAAUGUCUUUUCGUGGGAGAGGAGGUGGCGGCGGCCGCGGAGGGUUUGGAGGCCGCGGAGGCGGAGGAGGAGGCAGAGGAUUCGGCGGAGGCCGAGGCAGAGGCGGCGGCGGUAGAGGCGGAGGUGGCGGCGGCUUCAACAGAUACCAGGACGCAGGCCCUCCGGAGUCAGUCAUUCCUCUCGGUCAUUACGGCUGGACAGUGCAGGACGACCUCGUAUGCAAAGUGGAUAUAGAAGACGUGCCGUACUUCAACGCGCCCAUAUUUCUUGAAAACAAGGAGCAAAUUGGCAAAAUUGACGAAAUAUUUGGUAACUUGCGAGACUACUACGUGUCUGUGAAACUGGGCGAGAAUAUAAAAGCGAAGAGUUUCAAGGACGGGCAACAAUUUUUUAUCGACCCCGCGAAAUUAUUGCCUUUAAAGAGGUUCUUGCCGCAGCCUCCGGGGGCUAAGCGCGGCGGCGGAGGGAGAGGUGGCGGACGCGGGGGCCGAGGUGGCGGAGGAGGCUUCAACAGAGGCGGAAGAGGUGGAGGUGGCUUCGGUCGUGGCGGUGGCGGAGGCGGCUUUGGUAGAGGAGGCGGAGGUGGGUUCGGCCGUGGCGGCGGCGGGCGCGGUGGCGGUGGGUUCGGCAGAGGUGGCGGCGGCGGGUUCGGUCGAGGCGGCGGUGGAAGAGGUGGUGGCUUUAGAGGUGGCCGAUGAGAAUAACCUCUUUUCGGUUCUACCUGCAGUGACUUUUUUGAGAUGAACGAUAAUUAUUCCAGUGUCAGUUGGUUUUAGUUCAGUGGUUUCAUUAAGUGAUAAUAUGAACAAUCUAAGUACCUACUCAUAAAUGUUUUAUGAAUGUUUUUCUACUCUUAAGUAGUUUUGUAUGGAAAAACUGACUAAAGUCUGAUGUGACAAGAAUAAUAACAAAUGCUGUGGUGACUAUCAUACUUAUGCUAAGUAACAAUAAACAAAUUAUCUGUUAUA